AUGGAGACCCGGUACCCAGAGCGGAGACAGGCGUGGCUGAAGGGACGAGCCGAGAACCGGAGGCAGCCGGGGCCCUGGAUCCGAUCCGAUCGCGCACAUUCGGCGGUGCUGCCUCCACCGGCUGGGGACAGGGUCACCGCACCGCCACUGCGGAUCCUGGCAGUCCUGCCUGGACCCGCCCGGCCUGCCCGCCGCCGGGGGUGUCCCCGCGGCACCUCUGGGAGCCCUCCGGCCCUCCACGCUCCCCUCCCUGCCAAGGCGAGGGCGCGGGACCCUCGGGGCGGCAUCCGCACGGCGGCCCGCGCCCCUCCCAGAGUUGGCGCAACUCCGAGUCACUUUCUCACAAGGCUCCCGUCUCCACGCCUGCAUCGUGUGGCCCUCCACACACCCCGUGGGACCCCCCUCUCGGUCUCGCCCGCUUUCACCUACGUCCCUGUCGCCGACCCACGGCACUGUCGCCACCCGCAGACACGCGCUCCGGGUGCGGAUUUCCCGAGAGGGAGCGCGGGAGCCGCCGAGGUGGUGGCCAAGUUGGGCGGGGGGGAGGGGAGGGGUCCGAGGCGCCGAGGCCGGGGUCGAGCCGUCCCCAGCCGCCGGCACCCGGCGCGCCGCGGGGCCUCUGGGGACCCGGCUCCGAGACCCGGCGCCCGAGCGCGGCCCCUCCCUCCCGCCGCGGCGGCCCAGGCGGCGUCCCCGGCCUGUUCCGACCGCCCCGGUCGCGCGGUCCCCGGAGGGGCGCACGGCCCCCGCCCGCACCCCGUGCGCGCGCGCGCGCUCACCUCGGGGGGGCCGGUCCGGUCGCGCCGAUCGCGCCGCCGCGGCGGCUCCGCAUCUCCCGGGCGCCCGCCCGCCGCCCUCCGGGGCGCCCCUCGGUCCCCGCCGGCGCCAAGGAGGGUCGUGGGACGCGCGGAGGCCGCGGGGUCCGGGCGCCGCCGGCGCAGCCUCCAGCCGCCCGCAGCCGAGCAGGAAAUUUGCCGGGUCCCGCCGCCUCCUCCGCUCGCGCUCGGGCUCGGGCUCGGGCUCCGGCUCCGGCUCGGGCUCGGGCUCCGCGGCGGGGGCGGGGGCCGGCGCAGCGAGGAGCGGGGGCGACGCCUGCCGUCCGGCGCGGGGAGCGCACCCCGGGCGCCAGCCCCACCUGGAGGCGCCCCGCCGCGCUCGCUGGACGUCCGUCUUCCCAGGCUGGCGCCCCUUCCCCGGGAGAGACCCUGGCCGGGGUGGGGGUGGGGGGCCACUGCCCGGAGCCGCGUGCCCACCGACGGGGACAGGUGUGACAGGCGCUCUUCCGCGCGGGAAAGGCCCUUCCUACCCCGCCUUGGCCCUGGGCACCGGGAAGUGACCUGGCUGGGGACACGCUUUGGGUCACGCAGGGGGUACAAGGGAGCGCGCGGCACCCUGUACCGCUUCUGGUUCCGAGAAGUACAGAGAGAGCCCGGAAAAUCUCCCGAGCCGGUGUCCUCCUCGCUGAAGAGGGGAUGGGGUCACCACCUGGUUGGUGAGGGGCUUGGUGGUCCAGGAGGCAGAGCCGGCAAAGGGAAACCCACCUACACGGAGGAAGAGCCGCUGCCAGGAAGGGUCGGGACCUGCUGCUCUCGGGGACUGCUCUCCAGGCGACCUGCUGUGCGCUAUGUAGGCAGGUGUCAGAGUCACGGGCGUUCCAAUCCGGAGGGCAGAAAGGAUACAGGAAUGAAGCAGCAUCCCUUCACUUCUUCUAGAGUCUGAAGACAUCCGUCAUCGUCACGCUGAAGCAUGUUGUCAGAGGCAUUGAAGCCAGGGUCGUGCUGGUUCCCGUUCGGAAGCCCCUUGAUCCCUCUUGCCCCUCCCCGUUCGGCUUCUCUUCCUGCUCAAGCUUCUCACACCUGAGACCACUCCCCUCUUCUCACCCUAGGCUUCAAGGAUCUACCCUCCCUCUUGCCAUCCUGACCACUUAGCCAUCUUCCUCUUUCAGACCCAGGCCCCAGCGCUUGCUAAAUCAGCCCCCAUCAGCACUUCCUGUUCAAUCCCACCUAGGGAGCCCUGCUCCCCCCCAAACCCUGCAGCUCCCUUCCUGUAACGCGCAGGAGGCUGGAGGCAGUUUUCCUGAGACCGUUACUCUUAACCCUCGCUGUGUGUCUUGUCUUCGUUUUAUUUGAGGGCUGAGACUUUGGGCUCGAGUUCAGGGUAACACAGAUUAUGCUCAUUGACCUUAAAGGCCCCAGUAGAUGUCAGCUAAAAUUAAAACACUCGGGCCAGAAAUGCUCUCUAGGAGGAUAAACAAAAAAAAAAAAAAAAAAAAAAAAAGGCAGAAUUGGUAUGGAGGAAGCACAUCACAGUUUGCUUUUAAACUCUGUACAGAGGGGCGCCUGGGUGGCGCAGUCGGUUAAGCGUCCGACUUCA